AUGGCAAAAAGUGUAGGAAAAAUCUGUAAAAAUUAUGUUGCCGGUGGUGAGCUGUUCACACAUUUGUAUCAGAGAGAACAUUUCAACGAGAACGAAGUCCGGAUUUACAUAGCCGAAAUCAUUCUCGCGUUAGAACAAUUACACAAGCUGGGCAUCAUUUACCGUGAUAUCAAGCUGGAGAACAUCCUCUUGGACGCCGAAGGUCACAUAGUGUUGACUGACUUCGGUCUAUCUAAGGAAUUCUGCGGUGGCGAAAACAGAGCUUACAGCUUUUGCGGUACUAUCGAAUAUAUGGCACCAGAGGUCGUCAGGAGUGGCAGUCAAGGACAUGAUAUCUCAGCUUUAUACUCGGCAUUGGCAAAGCUCCAAUCAUACGAGACACCGUCUACUGCACUAAUGGCUAGCUCUCUAGCUAUUGCUUAUAUAUACCCGCUCGUACCCACGAAACCCACAAAGUGGUUAGAAUGGUGA